AUGCGCUUUCUCUUCACCAUCACUUUGGUCAUAUUAACGGCCGGUGUAACCGCAGUACCCGUCGCAGUGCUCCCCAGCCUCAUUCAUCCCCCAGUUCAUGUCUUCAGGGCUGACCCUGCCGCCGAAGCUGCCGAUGCGGAGCCCAAUAUCGAGGCCCGUGGAAAGAACAAUGUUGAUGUGUCUGACUGGCAGCAAGAGCCUGAGAUUCAAGCCAGAGACGAGGCCGCGACUGAGGCAUGGGACCUAGAGCCACAGACCCAACCGCGAGACGCCCCUCAUAUCCAAGCCAGAGAUGAGGCCGCUCUGGACAACGUCAAUCUUGAGACUGAGAUUGAAGCCCGAGCAGAGCCUCAGAUCAAAGCCAGGAAUGAGGCUGCACUCGACAACUAUGACUUAGACCCCGAGGUCCAACUCAAUGACAAGCCUCAGAGCAAGGCCAGAGAUGAAGCUGCUCUACCUAACAACUUCGACCUGAAACCUGAGAUCCACGCCAGAGAUGAGCCUCAUAUCCAAGCAAGAAGCGAAUCUAAGGCUGCAUGGACUGACCCAGACUACCACGCUGGAGGUGUUACCGCCGCAGACGACUGGAAGUACAGAGACAACCUAGCCAAGCUCGACGCCAACAACUGCGGCGUAGACUGCCAUCGCUCCCUCGACUCAUACCGCUCCAAAGUGUCCAGAGAACACAGGCCAUACUACGACCGAAGCACGAAUUACCACAGCAACAACUACGACCACCAUGACUACAAUUAUGGAGUCCAAAGAUCUUCCCGCGCUUCGAGGGGCGAACACAACACACCCGCGGAUGACUGGAAGUACAGGGACAACCUCGUCAAGCAGGACAACCACGAUUGCGGCUCGGGCUGCAAACAUUCGCUAGCCUCGUACCGCUCCGUGGCCUCCAAGGAUUCAAGGAUUGCUCGGGAGAAGGACUAUCAUAACUACAACCACCAGGAUGACAAGUACAACAACUGGCAUCCCAAGGACUAUCAUGUGAACGGCAACGGUUAUAACCAUAACAACGGGCAUUAUGACGAUAGGACCAUCAGGACCAACACCUACUAUCCCAAGGACCAUCAUCCUAGCAACUAUAAUGAUAUUCAUCAUAAUGAUUACCAUGGCAACAAUUACCAUACUAAUGGCAACGGCUAUGACCACCAUAACAAUGGCCACGAUUAUGGGGUUCAGAGGUCCUCUAGGGCGUCGAGAGGAGAGCACAACACCAGGCAGGAUGAGAUAAACCACAAAAACAAUCAUUACAAGUUGGAUCAUAACGACUGCGGCGUCAACUGCCACAAGUCCCUUGCCUCGUAUCACUCGGUUGCAUCUGCAGACUCGAGGCGAUCCAGGCAGUCGAGGCAGUCAAGACAAUCUCACGGAAACCACGGCCACUAA